AUGAUUGACCGGCUACUAAAUCCCGUAGAGAGUGCCAAAGGACAACCUGAAAACCCUUUCGCCAAACUCGUCACCGAGCAAGAUAUCGUCAUUGUUCCUUCUUUCACACUCGAAUCCGGCGUCGUUCUCCAAAACGUCCCUGUCGCAUAUACCGUCCGUGGGCAACUCUCAGAAGCCGGGGAUAAUGCCCUGGUGAUAUGCCAUGCCCUCAGCGGCAGUGCGGAUGUGGCCGACUGGUGGGGACCUUUACUAGGAGGACCGGGCCAAGCAUUCGACGUGACGAGAUUCUUCGUUGUCUGCCUGAACAGCCUGGGGAGUCCCUAUGGUAGUGCCAGUCCAGUGACGAACAAAAAUGGCGACCCGGCACAAGGCAGAUACGGGCCAGAGUUUCCUUUGACCACGAUAAGAGAUGACGUGCGGAUACAUAAGAUUGUCCUCGAUCAUCUCGGCGUUCGACAGAUCGCGUGCGUGGUCGGUGGGUCUAUGGGAGGCAUGCUAAGUCUGGAGUAUGCGUACUUUGGGAAGGACUACGUGCGGAGCAUUGCACCCAUAGCGACGUCGGCGACUCACAGCGCCUGGGGCAUCAGCUGGGGAGAAGCUCAACGGCAGGCGAUCUACUCGGACCCCAAAUAUGAAGAUGGGUACUACUCGUUUGAGGACCCUCCUACCGCGGGCUUGGGUGCAGCCCGCAUGUCGGCUCUGCUCACAUACCGAAGUCGAGAUUCGUUUGAGGCUCGCUUUGGUCGCAAUACCCCAGACCUGUCGAAGAAACCCUCGAUCAAUCAAGGACAGAGGACCAACGGUGUUCAGAACGAGCACUGGAGCAUCCACAACGAUGGGCACAAGCGGGCCAAAGGAUCCCGCGAUUCUCGCCCUGCGUCCCGCAACGGCACCCUGUCCGAGCCACCCUCAGAGCGACACUCACCUGACCGCGAGGAGCGGCCGGCGACAUUCAAAGACCCUCAGUUUAAUGGGGCCACCGAGUUUGUCAUACCUGUGCCCGUUGUCGAGAAGACAACGUCCAAACCGACACAUCAUUACUUCUCGGCACAGUCGUACCUGCGGUACCAAGGCACCAAAUUUGUGACCCGGUUCGAUGCAAAUUGCUACAUCGCCAUCACUCGCAAGCUGGAUACACACGAUGUUUCGCGGGACCGGGCAGCCACCGUCAAAGAAGCUCUCGCGCAAAUCGAACAACCAGCAUUAGUACUGGGGAUUGAGUCGGACGGCCUGUUCACCAUCGCGGAACAAGAAGAGCUGGCUGACUGCAUCCCCAACGGACGACUUGGGAAGAUCGACAGUCCCGAGGGCCACGAUGCAUUUUUGUUGCAAUUUGAGCAAGUGAAUAGCUACCUGUUGAGCUUCUUCAGAGAGGUGCUGCCGGACAUUAUGAAUAAACCGGGCAUCGGCGGUCCAGACGGAGAGGUCAAAGAUGGGGUGGGUCAGAUGACCAAGUCGAGUACGUUUGGCGAGGCUGAGGUCGGCGACUUGACUGCUUGGUAA